AUGCCUUCCGCUGAAAAUAGCGGUAUCCCGGCCGCUGAGCUUCAGCGAUUCACUGCAUAUCUGAGAGGAUGCAAACGGAUACUUGCACUUGUUGGAGCGGGGCUCUCUGCAUCGUCUGGUCUACCGACAUUUCGUGGCGCUGGCGGGCUCUGGCGCUCCUUAGAUGCCACUGCACUUGCAACCCCGGAGGCCUUUGAAAGGACUCCUGGGCUGGUAUGGCAGUUUUACAGCUAUCGACGACACAUGGCCCUCCAGGCUGAGCCUAACAAAGCACACUACGCUCUAGCAGAGUUGGCACGCAAGAAUGAAGACUUUAUCACAUUGAGCCAGAAUGUCGAUGGUCUCUCCCAACGAGCAAAUCAUCCCUCGGAGCAGUUACAUUUACUACAUGGUACCCUUUUCGACAUAAAAUGCACCAACUUCUAUUGUGAUUAUACCCGAGAAAAUGAAUUUACCGACCCCAUCGUUCCAGCCCUUGAUAUUCCAAAGCUAGAUUCGGGUCUGAACCCCUCGGCUGUUGAUAAGACCGGCGAGGAGGCAGCCAAAUCUAUGCGAGAAGCGCUCAGCGGCACACAAACCGAGAUUGACAUCUCCGAUGCUAACAAUCAAAUCCCCGAACUGGACGCGAAAGACCUGCCUCAAUGUCCGAAAUGCAAUGACGGAUUACUUAGACCCGGGGUCGUAUGGUUCGGCGAAGCUCUACCAGAGAAAACAAUGAAUACCGUCGACGAGUGGAUCGCGGCGGGUACAAUCGACCUGUGUUUGGUCAUUGGUACCAGUGCGAGAAUUUGGCCCGCUGCUGGAUAUAUACAUGAGGCUCGUUCGAAGGGCGCUCGAAUUGCGGUUUGCAAUAUGGACCCUAAAGACACGCCGGGCGAACUGCAUAAGGGUGACUGGUUCUUCACCGGGGACGCCGGUGUCAUUGUCCCCGAGAUAUUUAAAAGUAUAAUCGGAGAGAUUUGA